ACCAUGAGGAUUACUUCCCUUCGACGCGGAUAAAUCAUUGAGCUGGAAGAACAGACUUUAUUUGGAAACUUGUGGUCGGGAGAGAUACCUCAACAGUUUUAACAGCACAAUGCUACGAACAAGUGUCUUUCAUUCCAGAUAGAAUUUAUCAAUAUAAGAUCCUGCAUACAGUCCAGCAAAAUGGUUGAUGCGUGGUUUGACGGUUUCAUCCCAUCAUCAUUUAUCAACAUUAGUGUAAAGCUGUCUGUGAGAAGCUGCAGCAGCAAUCCUGAUGCCAGAGAAACAUCGAUGGAUGAAGAACCGCCUGAUGAUUCUUAUGUUGGUGAUUCAUUUUCUGCUGUUUUGGAAAGUGCCUUUCCUUGGCUGCUCAACUGGAACAACAAUCGUGAAACAGACACUGCGAUGAGUGUUGACAAAGAAGAAUUGGAUGGAUGUGAAAAUGUACUAAAUGUUUCAUACAUGGCUUCUUUCUUCUCAAUUGUUCUAUGUUCCAUGUGCAUAGCAGUUUUUCUUACAUUUACCCUUUUACUUCUGUUCAUGAAGAAGCGAAAGCAGUAUUGUGGUGAAAAAAUUGUAAAACUGGCCGAAAAUAAUUCAAAGGAUAACGAAAAAACAUUUAAUGCCACAAAUAAUGAUGCUGUGCCCAGGCAACAAGAGAUUGGAAAAACUGAUAAUAGUGAAUUAAAAGUUCAGAAUAUUGACACUGUGCAAUCUGUUAAUGAGUACACCCAGCAGUCUCGUCUUAUACCCAUUUUACUUCCCUUUUACAGUUCAAGUAGAAAAUUGUCACCUAUGCAAGUGGUAUCCAGGCCGAACGUAGUAGAACUUUUCAGUUGUACUGUGAAUCAUUUCCUUAUGGAACUUGAUCAUAUUUUAGGAAUGACAGCAGCUUUUUCAGAAUCAUCUGAGACAUCACCAGAAUCUUUACCACCUCCUAGAACACAACACAAGGGAAGCAUGAAACGUCCCAAAUGGCGAAUGCCUACAUCACGCCCUCUGUUGGCAGUGGGGACAGUAUCUACCAAAGCUGAGAUUCAAAUGUGGCAGAAAGUUGUGGAUAUGGAACUGAAGAUGAGAUGGAAUAAGACAGCUCCAGAAUUGGACGUUAGUGCAGUGCAGGACCGUCGACUGAGUACCGUUUUGCAGUUUUAUCAGCAGGCUUGUCCAGUUAAGCCUGAACAAUGGUCUGCAGCAACUUUGAUCAUUAAUUAUGUACUGACACUCCUACAGAAUGAAUUGGUCUUUGGAUGUGUGGAGGAGGAUCAGCCAAUUAAAAUUGUGGACUUUUGCAGUUUUGGCAGCGCUGCCAAUGGCACAUGCAUUGGAAAAGCAAAUCGUUUUAAUGUGAUGCUUUUUUUGCAUCUUAAUGGCAGUUUGGAGUUGAUGGUGUUUCAUUAUGGUAUGCAUGAAGACAUACCUGCUGGAAAACUUUUAUUGGGUGUGAAGGAGCAGGCGUCAGGAUCUAGAAGUGCAGUGCACAGGUUGUUGGUCAGGGAUUGUGUUGGAGGAUCAUUUGGUCAUUUCCUUUCACAGAAGGAAGUUAUCCAAGCAACACAGAGCCUGGUUGUCAAUGCUGUGGAACGGCUAAAAUCAAAGAACUUAUCUGCUAUAGAGUGGUUGCCUCUGAAAAUUUAUUUGGCCCCUUAUGAAGACCUUGUUUUGUGCAUUGAAACAAAGAUUCUUAAUGGCAAUGGUUUGGGAAUGGCACAGAUUUUAGUUCAUCUAACACCAGCAAUAUGUGUGACACCUCAUGAAUGUGACCCUUUGCCUGUGUUGUAUGCUGUUCCACAGAUGGCCUCACUCAAAGGCAGUUCUACUCAAGCCACAAGCAAUCGAGUUAGACCCAGCAUCAUGCGAGAUCGAAGCCAGGGCAUCUCUGCUGACUUACAGUGGCAGCUUAGCAACACAAAUGUUGUAUCUUCUUUUAUGUCAUUUGCAGACCGAAAACUUAAGGCCUGUAGUAUAGAAGGAUGUCAUGUGAUGUGUCAGCAGAUUCUGCGAGCUUUGUUUUCACACAGUGGGAAAGACACCUUGCUGCGCAGUGGUGAAGUGCAUCCCCAUGUUUUAGAUUCGGUUGUUUGCUUUCUUCUCCUGGAGAGCCAUCCAGGGGCCUGGGAACUUUCUUGCCUACCUGAUCGUUUGUCUGACUGCAUUUUGUUUUUGAAGGCUGCAUUGCGGAAUGAAUGGAUGCCAGAUUUUGUUUUACACAAUCUACACCUGCAGAAACAAAUGCCUGCACUAAAACUGUUGCCUCUCCUUACAUCUAAGCGGCAGGAAAAUUUGCUUGCCAGCUUGCAGUCUGAAGAUAUAGAAAGUAUGCUUGCAUUUAUUGAUGCACGACUUCAGGAAACAGGACUGAAACAGUGUAUGAAAGAUGACUAUUCAGAAGAAAUGUGGGAAUAUGAGUUUUUCAUUUUUGGAUAACACGAUAAUGCAAGUUUGUUAUUGUUAUUGAGUAUGGCAAGAUAAUGAAUUGAGACUACAUUAUAUUUCAAGCUGGUAGAAAUUCUAGUAGAAAAAGUUCCAUGCAUGUGUAACCAACAGUCACUUCAUGCUGGCUUUGGGAUUCAUCGGGACUUCUACUCACACUGAGCUUUCUGACCAAGAAACAGUACCAUAUCUGUUUCUUUUUUGCAUGAAUUAGUUUUAUUAUUUAUUGACAUUUACAGAAUAUUUCAUCUGAUUUACAGAUAAUUUAUGGUGCCAUCAUCUAUAUUAUAUAUAUGCUCACCACAAGACUUUCACUCACGCAUGUAUAAACAUGGGUAUGUAUCAAGCCAUUAGUCUCUAUACAAUCAUGUAUAUGCACAGAGAUGCAUCGAGCCAUUAGUCACCAUACAGUCAUGUAAACAUACUACUCACAAUCACCAUACCAUCAUGUAUGUUACACAGGUGCAAGCACAGAUAUUCAUCUAGCAUUUGUUUCUAUACAUCAUAUGAUCAUUGUUAGGAAACUAACAUUUCUGUAUGAAAUGUGGAUAUCUUAAAUGUAAAUGUUUUUAGUCAAUGUUACUACAGCUUUUCCUUAUUUCUGAUGCUUUGUAAAUGUAAUCUGCAAUGCAACUGGCAUUCCAGUAUCUGACACCAAAAGUGUAAACAAAAAAGGUGCUUAAAAUAUUUUUGAGGAAUAAAACGUUUACAAAGUUAAUUAUAUUUUCGGGAUAUAGGGAGAGAGUACUGUUCAGUUUCAGGACAAAAGAGGCAGUUAAAACAUUAUGAGUUUGUUAAACUGUAAUGCUGUUUAUGGCAUUUAAGCAGUUAUGCCCAUUCUAUUAUAGCAGUCUCUUAUGCCUCUGUGUUUAAGCCAGGAGGGAGAGAGAGCAGACUCAGAAGUGUGGAGACAAUGUCACACACAUGCAUAUUUAUUGACUUUAAUAUGCUAUGGUCUUUCAAUACUUGUAUGUUACAUUUUAAAAUUGUUUUGUUUAUAAGCUUUGAAGUGCAAGUACUUAAGAAAUGGAGGUGUCUGAAUAUUUUUGAUAAUUAGCCAGGAACUGGGUGUUGUCUAGGUGCUAUCCUUUCUUUAGGAAGGUUUUCAGACCAGUGUAUCGAUGUGAAGCAGCUCCAAGGAAAAGGGAGGCAAGAUGCUGGUGGUGAUGAUGAAAAUAAAAGUUGUGCUAGCUGCCAUGUUUGCUCAUUCCCCUAUCCCACUCUGUCCCUUUUGGUUUUUAUUAUGUUGUGAGAGCAUGCAACAGAUAUAUUUUUCUUCGUUUGGAGCCAUUAAUGGCAUCUAUAAAUACAUUUCCUGUAGACUAAUGGAGUGUACCUGCAAAAUUUGGUGAGGAUCAGACAAACCAUGUGGAUUAUUGCAGGUUUUAACCCCUGCUACACAAACACUCCCACCACACCUGUAUAAGAAUUUAAAGACUUUUUAGACUGCAGUUUUCACUUUUAAGAUAUUGUACUUGUGUUUAAUAGUGUUAAUUUCAGCACUUUUGUAUUUUGUCACAACUUUACUACUGUCUAUAAUGUAAAAUGUUUUUAAAACUGUUUUCUCCCAAAACUACUGUUAAUGAUUUGCAGAUAUUGCAUUCAUAUAAUUUCAGAUUUUGCUUGUAGUAAAGAAAAGCUUUUGACAGUAACAAUAUUUUAUUCAUCCUUGCAGAAAAUUAAGAACAUCAGAAUUUGUCAUUACAAUAGUGUCAAUCACACACCCACACUUUCUCACACAAAUUUUAUACAAUUUACAACACUAAUUCAUAAGUUAACAUCUUAAGUUGAAAAGUCUGCCUGCUGCCAGGAUAAAGAAGCAUUUUAUAUAAAAUUAUAUAAAGAAAAAAGGGGUAAGGGUAAAGGUAGUCCCAAUAACCAUAUGGUUAUAAAAGAGUGACAGUUGUUAGAGCCCUCACUUUUCUUAGGGCCAUCUCUCCCUGGCUGCCAUGCCUUCCCCAACCCUUUAUGCCUGCAGCUUCAGAACUAGGCUGCCCCUUACAGGUAUUGAACUUGAAAGUAUGUCUGCACAUAUGCACCAUGGGGAUUCAGAUGUAUUUGCUCUAACCACUAUGCUAUCUUCUUUUUAUAAAUUAAGAUGUUUAUAAAUGUGUAUAUGCGACCCUAUGCUCCUUGAGGAGUAACAAGGAAUAAACAACACAUACAUGUGUAUGAAAAUAUACAUUAAGGUGUAACAAAAUUGCAAUCCCACCAUUAAGAUGUUCUUCUUGCCAAAGUUUUCAGCACUCACCUUGUACAUGUAUCUCUUUUGGUGUACCUUUUAACAUUAUUUUUAAUACAAAAUUGUGUACAAGCCAAAAUGUUGAUAUAAGACUGCUGUUGCCAAAUACAGGUGUGUGGAUAAAAUAAAAUGAUCUAUGGCAUCAA